UCGCUGCGCUUAGUCCCUCGCUGAUCGUAUUUUGAUUAUCGCACUGCAUAAAUCAAUUUGCAUUCGCUGUGCUUUGGUGGAGAGGCUACUUCCGGAUCCGCCGCUCGAUUCGCAACCGGUACGGGAGGCCCAUUUUUCACGCGAUACUUAAUUCAAUUUCCAAACCCAGAUCGGGCUUCGAUCGGCAAUAAUGAGCCCAGAAUCGACGGUAAGGAUUUUCUGGUUGGGCAUUAUUUUCUCAUUAACGGUCCUGGCGGAGGAUUCACAACAGAGCCGCCUCGAAGGUGACGGUACAACGCUCAACAUCAGCAGCAGCAGCAGCGGCAGCGUUAACGAUGAUGAUAAAUUAUCGGUGGCCGUAUACUACGAAGCCCUCUGCCCAGACAGCGUGUCAUUCAUCACGUAUCAACUGGUGCCAGCGUGGGGUCGCUAUCGGGAUCAGAUGGAUCUUAAGUUGGUCCCGUUCGGGAAGGCCUAUAUCGAGGAUACGACCCCGCCCCGUUACCACUGUCAACACGGCCGAAGAGAAUGCACCCUCAAUAUACUGCACGGCUGCGUCCUGGAUAAGUUACCUUUCGAGAAAGCUUUCCCCGUGAUCGGUUGCUUGAUGCAAAGUAUGCGAUCAUCCUUCGAAAAAUGUAUUGAAAAUAAUCCAGAAGCGAAGGCAGAAAUUCUCGCCUGCGCCAGUGGAACGGAAGGUGCCGCCCUGUUCAAACGUUUCUCCGCUGAAACCAAUCGCGUUGCAGUUCCUCUAUCAUUUGUGCCAACCAUCGAGGUUAACGGGAAGUAUGACAUCUUCGAGCAAAGCGAAUGGUUGUACCGAUUCGAUCGAACCUUCCGGCAAGAGUUCGAGAAAAAGUUCCUAAAAACUUUGUAGCAUGGCUAUUAUUAAUAUUCUG